GACGAAUUCCUUUCCUCGCUGAAGCUUCUAGAACUGGGGUUAUGAAGAGGGUGUGGUCCAGCGUAGGCCCCGCCCUUUCACUGGGCGGAAGUUACUGUCACCGGAUGUUAUCAUGAAGCCGGGCUCUGCGGCGGCGUGGUGAGAUCAACAUGGCGACCGAGGGGGACGUGGAGCUGGAGUUGGAAACUGAGACCAGCGGCCCCGAACGGCCCCCCGAGAAGCCACGGAAGCAUGAUAGUGGUGCGGCGGACCUGGAGCGGGUCACCGACUAUGCGGAGGAGAAGGAGAUCCAGAGUUCCAAUCUGGAGACGGCUAUGUCCGUGAUCGGAGAUAGAAGGUCUCGGGAGCAGAAAGCCAAACAAGAACGGGAGAAGGAACUGGCAAAGGUCACUAUCAAGAAAGAAGAUCUGGAGUUGAUAAUGACAGAGAUGGAGAUUUCUCGAGCAGCAGCAGAGAGGAGCUUGCGGGAACACAUGGGAAACGUGGUGGAGGCUCUUAUUGCUCUGACCAACUGAUGUGUACUUUUUCAGGCAUAUUUACAGGGUUAACUUAUUGCAAUAAAGACUUUUUUUUGCA